UAUUUAUUGCAUUAUUGACUUUUCGCACGAAAUAUGAAUGAUCCUAAAGAUUCUCAAUUUAAUGGAACUAGUAAUUGGAAACCACGUUCCCAURAAAAAUGGGGUACUCUUGCUACAUUCAAAGAUGAUAAACUCAUUUUAAUGAAGUUCAAUAAUCUGGAAAUUGAAGGUAUUAAUUCUAAUAUUCAAAGAAAUGUACACAGACCUUAUAAAUAUUUUGUGGAUUCAAGUAAUAUUAACUUUUCUUCAGACACUUAUGAUAAUGUUAUUAAAUCAUAUAAAAUUAAACAUAAGUUAAAGAGUGAGUAUUGGGAAUUAGCUGCUAAAGGGGAACAAGAGACACCAUUGCAAAAAUAUUAUAGAUUGAAGUUUGAAACCGAGGAUUUUUUGAUACAAGAAUCUAAUUUUCAAGUAAAUGAAACUAAUGAAAAUGAAAAUCUAUAUGCUAAUAUUGGAUUUCAAAUACAAAAUAUAUUGAGAAAAUUAUUUAAAUACAGUGUUGAUGGACAGUUACUUUUAGAAAGUCAUGAAACUAUUAACAUUUUUAAUUUACAACAGUACAUAAUUACCAAAUUGUUAGAAAAAUUAUUGAAUAUUAAAAUAACACUUGAAAAUUCAAAACCUAAUGCAUCAAAGAGUGUACAAUUACUACAAAUAGCACGAUUAAAAGAUCGUCUUCAAAAAUUGGAAGUAAUUAUUGGAUCUGAAAAAUCAAUUUUGACACGCUUAACUGGUAGCAUUAACAGUGAUGGAUUGGUUGAAGCCGUUUGCAUAUUAAAGGGAUUGUCCAAACUAAUUUUACCUCAAGUUAAUGUAAUUGAAUCCAGAGUUGUUUAUUUAUUACCCAAGUUAAAAAAAAUUGCUUCAAAUCGACUUGAUCAAAAUUUAGAAGUAGAUAAAAAAACGAAUACACUCUAUGAAGCUAUUUUAAAAGCAAGAAAAAAACCAAAUUUGAUACCACAUGUUAUACAUAGAAUGACUAUAUUAAAUAUGUUUCGUCUUAAAGUUGAGACAUUUGCCGUAACAAUGAACAAUCUUAGUACUCAAUAUUCAGAAACUUCUAAAACUCUCAAGAAUAAUGAACUAUUAAUUAAUAAUAUUGAAAUUUAUAUGACUAAACAUUUAGCAAGUACAGUUUCUAAUUUGCAAUCUUUAAAUGCUCAAAUAGAAGUGUUUGCUGAUCGAUUGAAAAAUAUUUAA